AUGAACGAUGCAAUUGUUCCUGAGACUCAGCCGAAUCAGAACGGAUACUACGUUCGUAAUGACUUCACUCCCGAGCGUGAGCCGGACCUCAGCGACCUGCCUACUAGUCCCGGUACUGCAGAAUUGUUGCAGCGCACUGCAGUAACGAAAAAGGCGGACAUUCAUACAUCAACCUGGGUUCCAUUUGCUCUCAGCACUCGCACCAAAGAAACACCCGGAUUGAACAGUAACUCUGGACCAGCAGAUGUACCCACGUUCGCUUUCACACGUUCGCAACCGAGCCAAGUCCCCAAGAAGGCAUCCCCCAAGGACAAGGCCUUCACCGCCAGGUCUGUUCCUAAUACUGAGUCGACAGUAUCUGGUGUUCACAAGCAGGUUGUGCAUGCAUCUCAGGAUGCCAGUGUAGCAACAGAGCCUGCGUACGUCUCACCACCAAUCUUCCCGGGCAACGACGAUGGCCACAAGACAAAUCCUGCUACCGAUCAGGAAGUACCUCUCUUCCAACAGCCGGCCGCCAAAGAGUCACAGAACGAGUCUGCAUAUCCUUUGUAA